CUUAAGCUUUUGCAUCUAUGGCUGCUAUGUUAUCAUGGUAUCAGAGCGGGAUACCCACGUGUGCAUGCCUAAUGGCCACACGGGCUCCACGUCACCCAAAAGUUGUCCACGUGAAUGGCUUGAAAAUUCGCCACACGUGCGGGGGCGUGUUGAGAAUAUAUACAUCCCACAUGGGAAAAAUAGGACCUUGCCUAUGGGUUUAUAAGGGUUUGGGCCACUCCAUCCAUUGCCAAUUGCCAAUUGGCAGUAGCUUCAACAGUUGGCCUUACAAUUCCACAUUUCAAAACAAUGGUAGCGACAAAGGCAAGUCAUUUGCAGAAUGUCAAAUAUGCAGAAAGAAAGGACACACAGCUGUGAACUGCUUUUAUAGGAAUGAUAUCCCACCUAAUCAUCCAAGCUUGUCCGUUGUGGUGUGCCAAAUUUGUGGCUUGAAAGGUCAUGCAGCCUUAGACUGUCAUUACAGGUCUAAAUUUGUCUUUCAAAGAGCCAAAUCACCUUCUAAUCUUACUGCAAUGUUUGCGUGUAAUACCAAUGGAGCUCAUUCUUCUAGUGUUUCUGCACAUGGUAGUUCAUCUGUUGGCACUUUGAAUAAUGAUCACAGUGACAGUGAUGUGCUUCCUUUUGCCCAGUCCUGCCAGCCUUAUGCACGGUCCCCUAACUUGGCUGAUGGGGGGGGCAUGAGCCAUGCUGCUGUGAAUAGUGAUGUGAAUGCUGCUGUGAAUAGUGAUGCAAAUAGUGAUGUGAAUGCUGCUGUGAAUAGUAAUGUGGAUGGUGGAAACGUGAAUGUGUUAAGCUCUUUUUCACAAGCUUCAAACAAGAGUGGUCCAAUACAUUUCAUGCUUACCAGGGCCAAAAAUGAAAUUGCCAAGAAGCUGACAUUUCAAGAUUUGUGUGCUUAUGAUGAGUCUGCAUACUUCAAUGGCUUUACUUCUGUACUGAAUGUUCAAGAUGCUACAGAACCAAAGACCUCUAAAGCUGCUGUUAGAAAUUCAGAGUGGGAUUCUACUAUGAAUAAAGAACUUGGCCUAAGAAAGCAAGGGAUAAGUUACUGGAGUAAUGAGGUGUUCCUCUGUAAAGAAAAAUAUGCAAAGGAUUUGAUUCACAGAACUGGUAUGGCUACAUCAAGAGCUGGAAUGCUAAGCAUUUUCAUGUUGUUAGAGAAAGAGUGCAAAGUAUACCUUGUCUCAGCUGCUGAAAUAUCUUGGAUGAGACGUGUUGUGUGAUCUACAUUUCAA